UACACGACAAUAAAAAUGUCUUUAAUAAAGGUUGCCAGCAAGGAGAAUGCAUUGGUGCUUAACACACCAAAGCGCAAUGAGCUGCUUAAGGACGGUUUGUCAGAGUCAAAGUCCAACAAGUGCCAGAUUUUAGGCCGAGGAGCCUAUGGCACAGUUUUUAAGGGUAUUUAUCAUGAGCAUGCGGUAGCUGUGAAAAUAAUAAGACGCUGCGCUGUGUCCACGAUGCACAAUGAGGCACAUAUACUCAACUGGAAGCACAAGAAUAUUGUGCGCCUCAUAAAGCUCGAGUCUACGCUUGAGUGUGGUUUGCUUAUAAUGGAACGGCCGAAUGGUUUAUGCUUGCAACGUAUUGUGGAUACAAUAGCUUUGCCGCUGUUGCACAGAACUCUCAUUACUUUGGAUAUCUUGGCUGCCUUGCGUUACUGUCACAGUCAGCGCAUAUUGCAUUUGGAUAUAAAGCCACCAAAUAUAUUGGUGGCUCUGGGCAUCUCCAGCAUCGACAAACAUUGUCGAUUUGAACGCCAGUAUAUAUGUAAAUUGUGUGACUUUGGCUCCUCCAUCAAGCUGGACGAGCCGACGAUAAAUAAAUGCAGCGCCAGAGGCACUUUGCGUUACAUGUCGCCUGAAGCUUUGCGUGCAGCGCCUUUGAGCAGCGCCGCCGAUAUCUACUCUUUGGGCAUCACCAUGUGGCAGCUGCAGGCACGCCGCCUGCCUUAUCAAACACUCAACUGCAACGAGUCUAUUGCCUAUCAAGUGGUCAAGCAUGAGUUAAGACCCGAUAACUAUGCGCUGCUGGAAGCGUUAAAGCUGAGCUGUGACUAUUUGAAAAAGUUUAAGUCACCGUUGGAUGUUGUACUAUCAACUGAUUUGUGCAAGAAAGCAAACUCGUUGGCGCGCCGUAAUCUAAAUUUUGAAAGCGCACAUGGUCGUGUACACAAGCGUAGUAAGCAACGCAAGCAGGCGAGAUUAGCACAGUAUUUUGUUAAUCCAUCCGUUACUACUACAACUUUUGGCUUAGAAUACGCUUAUAGUGAGCUGUAUAAAGACUGCUGGCUCAGUCAGCCGGAGUUGCGUUUAAGCGCAUCACAGCUGAAAAAGCGUUUAGAAUUAAUCUUGUCAAAGUGCUAA